CCAUGAACAAGACUUGCGGAGUUCGUCAGAGUAACGGAAAGACGGGAAAACAAGGCAAAGUAAAACUUCCACAGAAAGAAGAGAGAGAGAUAGAGCGAGGCAGGGAGAGAGAGAUUGCGCGCCAAAGGGGGCAAGAUUGGGCACCAAACGGAGAAGCAGCGAAGCGGGAUUCGAAGGAGAAGAAUUGGGUGCAGGAAGAGGGGAAAGCGUGGGGAAUUCGAGUAGAUGAUGACAAAGGAAGAGCAAUCGGUCGGGGGUGCCGAUAAAAAGGGAGGCAUCCCUCUCGAUCCAUCCCUGCCGAGAUGGGCCUGUCAAAGCUGCCGCCACCCUCUCUAUAUCGUUGGCGUCGAGUCCUACCCCGACAGGUUGCUUACCGAGUCCUCGCGCUUUGGCUUGCAUGCAGCCUCGACUCAAGGAGCAGGGAGCAUGUUGGCUUCAAUGCGCAUGGAUCAUUCUUUUGUCAUUCUACCAAAUCAAAAGAAUCAGGCAGUUGGAAUUCCUCCUCGUCCUCGUAGUGGUACAACUUUGUCUAAGAACGCUGUUUCAGGGCCUGCUAAUCCUACUAGUCCAUGUGCUGCACCAAAGGCAGGUUCUUCUCCAGACACUCCAAGCUCUGCUGUGGAGAGCGAAACUGGGAAGGCUAUGGAUGAAUCAUAUGUGGUGCUGCCACCAGCCGCAGCAUCCAUGUAUAAGGGUGAAUCUACAUCUGAAGCUGGUGGGCAGCAUUCACCAUCAUCCGGUUCAAUCCCUAUGAGCCCAUUGGAUACCAGUAAUGCGGGGUUCCACUCAAGCAUCACUGUCCUAAAGCGUGCAUUUGAAAUCGCCACCACACAAACACAGCUUGAUCAGCCUUUGUGUUUAGAGUGCAUGCGAGUGCUCUCAGGGAAACUUGAUGAAGAGGUUGAUGAUGUUAACAGGGACAUCAAGGCUUAUGAAGCCUGUCUUCAGCAACUUGAAGGACAGUCAUUUGAUGUACUAAGUGAGUCUGAAUUUGAAAAGGAGAAAAUGAAGGUUGAAGAGGAAGAAAAACGCCUUGAAGCAGCAAUAAAGGAGAUCGAGAGAGAGUAUGCUGAAGUAAAUCUUGAGCUUAUGGAUUUAGAAUCAAAAUCGAAACACUUCAAAGAGUUAGAGGAGAAAUACUGGCAUGACUUCAAUGACUUCCAGUUUCAGUUGAUUACACAUCAGGAAGAAAGGGAUGCAAUAUUAGCAAAAAUUGAAGUUUCACAAGCACAUUUAGAACUGUUGAAGCGCACUAAUGUGCUGAAUGAUGCUUUUCAUAUCUGGCAUGAUGGGGAGUUUGGAACAAUCAAUAAUUUUCGUUUGGGACGCCUUCCUAAGAUGCCGGUUGAAUGGGAUGAGAUAAAUGCUGCUUGGGGGCAGGCAUGCCUCUUACUUCAUACAAUGGCUCAAUAUUUUCGUCCAAAGUUUCCAUAUAGAAUCAAGAUUCUUCCAAUGGGCAGUUACCCACGAAUCAUGGACAGCAGCAACAACAGAUAUGAACUAUUUGGUCCAGUAAAUUUGUUUUGGAGCACUCGUUACGACAAAGCAAUGACACUCUUCCUGGCGUGUUUGAAGGAUUUUGCUGAUUUUGCUAAUGCCAAGGAUCAAGAAAAUAAUGUUCCACCUGAUAAAUGUUUCACUCUUCCAUACAAGAUUGAGAAUGACAAAGUUGAGAACCUCACCAUCACACAGAGUUUCAACAAGCAGGAGAACUGGACAAAGGCUCUCAAAUAUAUGCUUUGUGAUCUCAAAUGGGCUUUAUAUUGGUUUAUUGGAAAUACAGCUUUUCAGCCUCUUUCUGCAAUGGUUCCUUCUCAUGCUGAUAUGCCCACCAUGAACCCCAAGCAGUCAAAAAUUGGAGGUGAUCCUAAGACACAGUCCAGAACCAUGUAUACUCGCUAGAUCUGAUUUUACUAGUUUUUAGGGAGACAAGGGGACUUUGAUCUUAGUGUUCAAUGUCCUGGUGUUGCUCUGCAUAUAGUCUUCUUGUUUCUGUUAGCGGGUUUCCCAAGUAACAUAGAGAUCUCUAACACCUCAACCUGUCUCAGAUGUAAAGCAAAUGUACACUUCAUUGUAACACUUUUGAUUAUACAAGUAAUGUGCAUGAUUGUUAGGCAAUGCAUACUUAACUACUUUCCA